AUGAUAAAAAAUGUUAUUUGGUCCGAUGACAAAACUACCAUAGAUAGACACAACACUGAACUGAAUGGAAAAGCAAGAAAAUCUUCAUUGAAACCCAACACCGUGUUAAUGUUAUCGCCAAAAGAAUGCUUGAACAUUCAAGUCACGAUUUCAGCUUCAUUUUGUGAAGCAAUUUUAAAUACUCAGAUUGUAUUUGUGUUGUUCUUAAUUCAUGCGAAUAAACGUCUAAAACACAAUGAAACUGCUACAAAUUGUUAA